AUGGCGAAGAGUAAAUCACAAAAGGAAAACAAGAAGGAAGUCAUCCCAAAGACUGAAUCCAAAAAGGAAUCUAAAAAAGAAUCUAAAAAGGAUUCCAAAAAGUCUAACAAAAACACCGAUUCCAAAAUUGUCAAACCAGAAUCUAAAAAGACCACUAAGAAAGUUGUCGUUAACAAUGAUAUAGAAACUAAACUUUUUGGAAAUGUUUUGGAAGAAGGGAAUAUCAAUAAUUCUAUUAACUCGCUUUUUGGCGCAGGUGCCGGGCCAGUGAGUAGACCAAUGAAACAAAGAACUGUGUUGCCUGCCACUGUCAGAGAAGAGGAAACACAACAGGAACAACCAGAGGACGAUGAGGAAGGAGAGGAAGAGCAAGAGGAAAAAUCAAAUGAUAACACAAGUGAAGAAGAAUCGAAACCAAAGAAAAAGAGCAAGAACGAAGAUGAUGAUGACGACCUUGAAGCCAAGUACAUGGAACGUUUAAUGGGAAGCGAUGAAGAGGAAGGUGAAAAAUCAGACUCAAAGGACAAGAACGAAUUGGAAGAAGAAAAAGAAGAUGAUGAUGAUAAACCACAGGCUGCCAAAACUGCAAAAGCCAUCAACCUUAAAGAAGAGGAACUUGAAAAAGCCGAACGUACCUUAUUUGUGGGUAACGUUGUGUCGUCAGUGAUGAACAACAAAAAACAUACCAAAGAAUUGAAACAAAAGUUUGGAGCCUUUGGGGCUAUUGAAAGUGUUAGAUUCCGUUCUAUUGCUUUCAACGAACAAAUUCCAAAGAAAGUGGCAUUUAUUCAAAAGAAGUUCCACGACUUCAAGGACACCAUUAAUGCCUAUAUUGUUUUCAAAUCUAAGGACUCCCUUAAAGGUGCUCUUUCUCUAAACGGGGAAAUGUUCAUGGAACACCACUUGCGUGUGGAUUCCGUGGCCCAUCCUUUCAAAAAAGACAAUAACCGUUGUGUUUUCAUUGGGAACUUAGAAUUCACCGAAGUCGAAGAGACUUUAUGGAAGGCGUUCGAAAAAUGUGGGAAGAUUGAGUACGUUCGUAUUGUCAGAGACCCAAAGACAAAUAUGGGGAAAGGUAUAGCGUAUGUGCAAUUUGUAGAACCAGUCAGUGUUUCCAAGGCGUUGUUGUUGAACGGUAAGAAGAUGGAAAAUAAGAAGAGAGAUCUUAGAGUGGCUCGUUGCAAAAAGAGUAAUAACGAUAAGAAAGCAUUGAUUGAAGCCAAGGAAUUUAAGGGAAUGAGACUCAAUGAUAAACAAAAGACCAAACUUGGUAGAGCCAAGAGCGUUCUCGGGAAGAAAGAUAAGAAGGAAGCAGGUAAAUUCAUUAUUGAAGGGGCAAGAGCUCAAGAAGGCACUGGGGUCAGUGUCAAGAAUGGGAAGAUUAAGAAACCAAAGGUCAAGAAGCCUCGUUACACUGAACGUAGUAAACGUUUUAAGAAGCUUCAAGAAGAAGUUAAUUCAGGGAAAGUGAAAGUUUGA